ACCCUGAGGGUUGCCGGCCGACCGCGAUGCCUCAUUGUAUUUCGGUCCGACGAUCGCCUCUGAUCGACCGUAUCAGAAGUUGCCAACACAAUGGCAAUCCGGGAAGCCGUGUUACGUAUUCGUUGUUCCAAAUGUUGUGGUGCUGUUUGAUUUCGCCUCGUGAUUUUUCUCCCCGUUGAUCAUUAGUCAUACUUGACCACCUACCUACUGACUCAUACACAACAUUGCUUCCCAACAACACCCUAUCCUCUCUUAAACCACCAAUCUACAACCUACUCUCAAAGAACAUCACUACCCAAUCCACGUUUCUCCCAACUUUCUGAGAAACCCUCACCACAUACCAUCUCAACUUCCAAGAACAACCCGCACCCACCUCACCAUCAACGACAUCCAAGAUGCCUCCCACAACCCCCAAGACAAAAACCUACAUCCACCUCGUCCGCCACGCCCAAGGCCACCAUAACGUCUCCGCAGCCAACCACUCCCUCCCCGACCCCCUCCUCACCCCCCUCGGCGAAUCCCAAUGCUUCGCCCUCCGCGACUCCUUCCCCUACCACGAUAAAAUCACCCACCUCGUUGCCUCGCCCAUGCGACGCACCCUGUAUACUUGUCUGUUGAGUUUCCAGCCGGCGGUGGAGCGGUUGCGUUUGCAGUCUCAGUCCCAAAAUGAUGGGAAGAAGAAGAAGGGGGGUGGGGGUGUGGUGGUCGCGCUUCCCGAAGUGCAAGAGGUUUCGAAUCUGCCGUGUGAUUGUGGAUCAAGCCCGGAAAAGUUGCAUGAGGAGUUUGAUGAGGGGGGUUUGGUGGAUUUGGGACUCGUGAAGGAGGGGUGGCAGGAUAAGGCGUCACCUGAUAGUCCGUGGAAGCCGGAGAUGGAGAAGUUGAAGCGGAGGGCGGAAAAGGCGAGGAGGUGGUUGUUUGAGUUGGCCUCUCAGGGUCAGGGUUCUGGUUCUCCGUCGAAGUCGGCUAAAUCUCAGGCUGACUGCGGGGAGGAGGAACCGGAGGAACCGGAGGAGGAAAAGCAUAUCGUGGUGGUAACCCACGGUGGCUUGCUCCACUUUUUGACGCAGGACUUUGACGGGAUGGAUUUAAACAAGGGGACCGGGUGGGGGAAUACUGAGUGGAGGAGUUAUGAGUUUGUUGUUACGGAGGCGGAGAAUGUCAGGCUGAAGGAGACGGAGGAGAGCUGGAGGAAGAGAAAAGGGAGUGCGAAGCCGUGGACGGAGACGGAACAGUUGGAGAUGAUGGCGGCUGUUGAUGAGAGGUUGAGGCAGUCGUUUGGGGAUGGGGUUAAGAGGGUUGGGGGAAAGAGGGUCGGGGGGGAGAGGGUUGAUGUUUAGGAAUUGGGAUGGGUGGUAUAAGCGUAGACUAGAGCUAUGGUGUUGGGUUAUAGAAGAGCUAUUGUUUUUGGUCCUAGUUUGAGACACGUCUAGCAACCUAUUUAGACAUAAGUAACUGAUAGACCGUUGUUUUCAGUUUCAUCACACAAGAAAAGACCACUACUUGCAUCGCCUUCU